AUGCAGUUUCAAGGUUUUAAAGAGGUUCAAGAUGGAAAUUAUUUUAAAUGGGAGGAGCUGAGGGGCAAAGAGGAGGAGCCAAAGGGUAGGGAGGAGCUGAUGGGUAAAAAUUACAGUCUGAAAGGAAAAGGGGAGGAGCUGGAGGGCAAAGAGGAGGAGCCAAAGGGUAAAGAGGAGGAGCCAAAGGGUAAGGAAGAGCUGAGGGGUAAAAAUGACAGUCUGAAAGGAAAAGGGGAGGAGUUGGAGGGCAAAGAGGAGCUGAGGGGUAAAAAUGACAGUCUGAAAGGAAAAGAGGAGGAGCAAAAGGGCAAUGAGGAGUUGGAGCCAAAGGGCAAUGAGGAGGAGCCAAAAGGUAAGGAAGAGCUGAGGGGUAAAAAUGACAGUCUGAAAGGAGAAGGGGAGGAGCUGGAGGGCAAAGAGGAGGAGCCAAAGGGCAAUGAGGAGGAGGAGCCAAAGGGUAAGGAAGAGCUGAGGGGUAAAAAUGACAGUCUGAAAGGAAAAGGGGAGGAGCUGGAGGGCAAAGAGGAGGGGCCAAAGGGUAAGGAAGAGCUGAGGGGUAAAGAGAAGGAGGUGAACGGCAAAAAGGAGGAGCUGAAAGGUAGUGAGGGUGAAGAUAAACAUCUGAAAGGCAAGAAUGAGGAGCUGAAGGGUGAAGAGGAGAAGCUAAAGAGGAAAUGGGCGGGGCUCAAUGACAAAGCAAGGAAUAUGGUCGUUAAACCUCUCAGAUCAAUGCAACUGUGGAACAACAAGGUGUGGAAUGAUGAGACGUCCCACAACAUGCUGGAUGCUGGUCUAAAAAAAAUGUUUCGGAACCAACAGGCGAUGAACAGAUAUGGACUGAAUGUGUCCAGKCCUGCUGGUCUCUCUGGCCGAUCAAAGCUGACCGGUCCUGAGCUUCUCUGCCAACUUAAGAAAAAAGUAGAGGUCACAACUUUGACCUCUGACCUCGAGCCGUUCUCAGAGUUGCCCUGGGCCAAUCAGCUGCCAAGAACACAGCUGACCUCUGAUGUUGGGCCGUACAAGAGCUGCGCCGUGGUGUCGUCAGCAGGGUCGCUCCGCAACUCACGACUGGGCAAAGAGAUCGAUUCUCAUGAUGCAGUGGUGCGGUUCAACGGUGCACAGACCAGGGGCUUUGAAACAGAUGUUGGGUCUAAAACAACACUUCAAGUCAUCAACUCACAGGUAAUGUCAAAACAUAAAUUCCUGAACCAGUCUUUGGAUUACUCAGGUGUUCUGGUGGCGUGGGAUCCCGCCCCCUUUUCUUGUAGCCUCGCUCAGUGGUACAAUCACACAGAGUUCCCCAUCUUCUCCCGGUAUCAAAAAUACAAGAAGCUUCACCCUCAGCAGCCUUUCUACAUCCUGCAUCCUGGCUUCAACUGGCAGCUCUGGCAGCUAAUACAAGACAACACAGCUGAGCCCAUUCAGAAGAACCCACCCUCUUCUGGCUUCCUGGGWRUUGUCCUGAUGAUGUCUCUGUGUGAGGUGGUGCACGUCUACGAGUUCCUGCCGUCUCACAGAAGGACGUUUCUGUGCCACUACUAUGAGCGGAUUUAUGACCCCGCCUGCACGUUCGGUGCCUACCACCCUUUAAUGUACGAGAAGAACCUGGUGAAACGCAUGAACCUGGGCUCAGAUGAUGAAAUCUACAGGGAGGGACGGGUCACACUUCCUGGGUUCAGCACGUUGAACUGCACUGAUGGAGUCCCUGAACACUGACUGACAAACACCGUCUGAAGCUACAAAGGUUCACAGRAAACAAUCUUCAAAAUUAAACCCUAAAAACUGCAGAGACAUUCAGAAAGUUUGAGUCAGGGAGGAUAAAAUCACCGAGUUGUGGUUUUGUCCUUUAAGACUUCCCUGAUAUACUGGGUCCUCACAUCUGUUCUUCCAGGGUUUUAGGUCAAGUUUGUAAUAUUUAUAUAGUAAUUUGUUAAAUUAUUUUGUGUGUUUUUUCCACGUUGUCACUUAACAGUUUUGUUUUUAUGUAUGUCACAUAUCACUGGCUGCAAAUAACACUGACCUCAUGAAGCAGAUGCAGAUUUAUUUAUUUAUUUAUUUAUUUUUGGUUCAUAAGAUCAUCAGCUGAGUUGUCACAAAACUAGAA